GCGGCGCCCCCAGCGGCUGGCAGGGGUAUUGACAGUUGGGAGCGCGUUGAGGCAGUCCGCCUUCAGCCCUGCUGACUGACUGGAGGGAUGUGACCCCGGAACAGGACUCUUUACAACAACACCCCAUUCAAACAGUGCACAGAAGAAAAGUAAAGCUGGACCAGGAGGGAGCCACGGGAGCAGGGGGUAUGAACCGCGAGGAGGCGCCGGGGAAGUCUCCUGAAGACAUGUACAUCCAACAGAAAGUGCGGGUCCUGCUCAUGCUUAAAAAGAUGGGAUCAAAUCUUACACCAAGUGAAGAGGCUUUUCUCCGGAGUUAUUCAGGUGUGGUUCACAGUCAGAUGAGCCAGCUACCCCAGCACAACAUAGAUCAGGGUGCGGAGGAUGUGGUGAUGGCUUUCUCACGAUCAGAAACAGAAGAUCGGAGACAGUGACCCUGGCCCCCCCCUCAUACACACACAUCCCACCCUCCACAUGAUCUGUAAACACACUCCAAUCCACAAAAACAAACCCCGUCAUGGAGGAGCUCAGGAGCAGAGGAGCAUCAGAGAGGGCCAGAGGAGGAGACAGUCUCUCCUCCACCCCAUCCCAUCCUCACACCUGAGAAGCACUCGCGUGGGUCACAGCGGGCCGAAAGCUCGCCAACAGUCCGUGAAAACUCUUUUGUGGAUAGUCCUGAAUAUACUUCUUUCUGUUGGGUCAGGGGCUGGUUUUGUUUUGUUUUGUACCGUUUUUGUUUGAGCUGUGCUGCAUGUUAUCCUGGCUGCUGGAGGAACCAAGUAUGCAGCUGAAUAAUGAGUGAGAUGAUUGCGUCGGAAGUUCUGUAUUAUUUCUGCUUUCACCCUAACUGGGUGUUAUUUUUUUAAUUUUUGAAUUUAGUUGUGAAACGUUGCGUUUCAUCCAGCAGGGGCCUCACUAUAAGCAGCAUGACACGUGUAUAGAUCAGCUUGAAUUGACCCGCUCAUCUGCAUGUUCAUUUUAAAAGUGCAUGCUGACCACAAACCUAAACAGAAGGACUUUAAGUUUCUAUAUUUAAAAAAAAUGUAAAUGUAGUUUUUUCCACUCUACCGUGUAGGUAUUUUCUGUGUGCAUCUCCUAAUGGAGGCUAAUGUUUAAAGUGUUAAUACCUUCUCAAUAAUCUGCUGGUAUGUCGUCCAUUAACGAUCAAUAGUUACGUUUAAAUAAAAAUCUCUCAUUUUAGAUUGUAGUCUGUUCAGUUUUAGUUGAAGUGAUCAAAUCCACACAAUUAUUUCUUAUCAAUUAUUUUUUUCAUUAGACGGAAAAAAUAGAUUAACUUCAGGUAAUUUUAGCGCUCCGUAAGGACUCAGGCUUGGCAUAAAUCGUGUCUGCAGCGUCUUUAUACGUGAGGCCCCACUCCUCCUUUUGCUGCUUUUAUUUUGAAGGCGUGAAACUGCUUUUGAUAUGAGGGAAUACUCAAGAUAUUUGAGACACUACCAUUUAUCAUAACAAAUGUGUUUGGAGGUAACUGUACAAAUAUUUGCAAAAACGUUAGAAAAGAAGUAAUUAUGAUGUUUUGUUUUAUUGUGAUAUAACUUUAACCUAAAGGUUCAGAUGAGCUGGAGGUGUAAUUUAUUAUUCACUAAACUGACAUCCUGUUCCUCAGACAGCAAAAAGUGAAGUAACUACACUUUUAUUCCCUUAAAUUACACUAAGCUCAAACACAUUUUGGCCUUCUGAACUAAUCAAAGAAAUGGAACCAAACAUUGUACACUGUACCUCUUGCACUAUUAUCAGCAGGAAACUUUCAAAAAAGACAUUCUCCAUGAAAUUACAGAGAUUUUGUCUUCAGUUAAGAGUUGGAAAAAGGAUUUUGUAAAAUGUUUUUAUUCCUCCAGUGGUUUACAAAAAAAUUAUGUGACAAAAAAACAACAACUGGAUAUUCAAUGAGCAUUUGUAAACGACUUUUUUUUUUAAUUUUGUCUUAGAGACAUGUUUAAACCUGUUUACGUUGUGACAGAAGUGCGUCUUCCUUGUGGUUUCUUAUCUUCAUUUAAGUGUGGGUCAGUGAAAUCUCCACACUCUAGUUUUUAACAUUUGUUUGAUGCGCCCUCCUAAUGGUCAAAUGUUUCUGUAAAAGAAAAAAAUCUAUUUAUUGCAUCUUGUUGGCAAUAAAUUCUAUUUGAAUGUCCUUAACAAUCAUCACAAUGUAAAACAGCCAACAAAUCUGUCACUGUUUUAUGUUUACACUGUUUUAAAACUUUUUUUUUGUCUAUGCAUCAUUUUUGUUUUUGCUCAAAGGUGUCUUAUUGUACAUUUUUGCCUAUGGAUGUUGCUCUGCAGCCUUUGAUUAAAUUAUAAAUGAAUGUUUGUGUCAUCAUCUUUGAAAGAAAAAAUAGUGUUAAUUUUCAUCAUGAUGUUAAAAUGAGGCUAAGAUUGUCUUUUUACUGUGAUGACCUGAUGUUCUCUUAAUAUUCUGUUUUAUAUAGAUUUUUGUUUUUGCCAUGGCUUUUUAUUUUUUAUUUUUUGUUUUAUUUUCCCCUCAUUCAAAAUGUAUUGGUGGGUUUUGUUUCGUAUGGCUGCUGGCCAUUUUUUUUUUUUUUUUGACUUAAUGCUUCCAAACCCUAUACCAACUAAACCAUUAAAGACCUUAGAAAAACUCAAACUUUCUUCUUUUUUCACUUUUUUGAUGAGUAAAUUACUAGAUUGUAUGAUUUUAAACUUCAGAUUAAUAUAGUAAAAUCAGGAAAGUUUAUUCCAUUCAUUAAAAAACAGACAUUUGAAAAGUUUUCUAACAAUACACCAACAGAAGUCUAAAAGAAAGUCAUUCUUCUGCCUUAAGUUUGCAUAAUUGGGAACAUUUCACAAGUUUUGACUCCUUCAAAACUCUGCUAUAACAAGUUCUAUAAUUAGAAAAGUCGAGUCUUCCUGUCAGCUGAUAACUGAGUUGGCAGAUGAAAUUAGGAGCUGUUUGGUCUUUAGGUGGAGAAAAGAACUCGUGAACGUUUCUCCUGUGUUGGUGGUGAACAUCUGUUCAGCACAGAUGAGAAAGAACAAUCUGGUCCUUUACAGGAAAGACAUUAUGAGAAAAGGCCUUAAUUUUACAAAAAAAA